UAAAGUCAUAAAUGUCGUCUGGUUUCUAGUAUGAGCGCUUAUAAUAAAAUGGGAAGAGUAUUUUCAUCGUUAAUUAAACGACCAUUACGUAAUUUUAACGUAGAUAAUCGAGCAUUAAAAGUUAUCGAAUCUGAAAAACCACUACCUGCUUCGCGACAUCGUCCCGAAUUAAACAAGAGGGAACCUGUUGUAAGAGAAAGUAAAGAACAAUGGACAGAAUUGUUGGAUAGACUAAAAUCUGUUAAAAUUACAUCUUAUGAUCCAGUUAAAGAAGAAAGUAAGAAGGAUGAUGGUAAAGUUUUACCUCAAAACAGAUCUUAUGUGAAAUCUUCUGAAUAUGGUGUUUUUGAAGCCACUUCAGUUCCCCAAGGAAAAAUAUCUUUACGUCAAGUAAUUGAAUUCCUUAAUAAACAUCAGACUGAUCCAAAUUUAUGGAAUGCCAAGUUAAUUGCUAAAGAAUAUAAAUUAGAUUUAACUAUGACUGAGCAAAUAUUGAAGCAUUUUUCUUUAUAUAGUGUUGCAUUUCCUGACAAGAAGUAUAAACCAAGUAGAUUUUUAUCUUUAAGUAAUUAUCAAAAAUAUUUACCUAAAAAGUCUUCCUCUAAUACUGUUGAAGCAGUUAAAUCAUAAGACUUAAUUAGAUAAUACAUGUUAGCUGCAUUAAAACCUAUUUACUAAACAAUUAAGAAAUUAAUUUUAUUGCAAAUGUGAUACUAUUUAAUUUAGAAAUAAAUUUUUUUAUGAAUAAAAAUUGCAUAAUUUUGUUAUUUCAAUUAUUAAAAAUAAUAUAGAUAUUGAAAAUAAACAUGUUUACUUUGAGGAGCUAAAAGUAUAGUUAUUUAAUUAUAAUGUAAUUUUGAUAUUAUGUAUAAAUCUCUAAUAUAUGUUAAUAUUAUAGGAAAGAUAAAUACACAUAAAUAAAUGAAUACUAUUAAUAAAGGUUUGUUAAAACAAACUUCACUUUGAGACAAAUUUAACUAUCAGUUAACAAUUUUUGAGAUUAUAUAACAAUUCUUACAAUCUACAUAAUUUUCAAUGUUAAUAGUACAUUUUUUAAUAUUAUUUAUGACAGGAAAAAGGGAAUUUCUUAGAUUAUUUAAACUUUUGCAUUCAUUAAUAUUGCAUUUUAGCUUUCAAGAUUCACCUGGGUCUAAAAUACAAAUUCUUAACGAUGAUGUUAACCUAAUACAGAUAUGAAACAAAAAUUUACUAGUUUUCUUAAAUGG